ACACACAUUCUUCUCUUUGAUAUAACUUUAUCUAUAAAGAGCCAACUCUUUUCCGUAUUCUGCGAUGGUACACUAGGAACUUUUGCGACAAGUGCAAACACAUCCACACGAUCUCCUUUGGAGAGAUCUCCUAAUCGUGGAAAUGCAUCUAUCAAUGCGGACUCAUUAUUAUUGAAUCACCACCACUCAACUCUCCAAUAUGCUAAAGUAUUGGAGUACAAAAUUAUUUUAUAAUAUUGGACAGUAUUAAACAAGAUACAAGAAACAGUAUACGAAACAGUAUUAAACAGUGUUUUAAUAUAUAUACGUGUAUACACACAGAUUAUAUAUCUACUUGAUUUUAAGUUGAUUUGAAGUGUUUGGAUACAUCGCAUGCCGACACGAUGGAAAAUCUACGCGAAUUUGCGCAAAUAAUCUCGCAGUGAGAUGAUAGUGAAUGUGCACUUUAUCGCGAAUGAUCAAAGGUGACAGCGAUUUUACAAGUAAAUCUGGCCUUCUCUCAGCAUCGUAUUCAUGACCUUUGAAUUUUCAUAAACAAACGAGAAUGGGUGUUGGCCUUAAACCAUUGGAGUUUACGGAUUGUUUAACCGACAGUCCGUACUUUCGCGAGAAUCUUCAUUAUCAUGAACGUGAAUUGGAAAAGACCAGUCAACAGAUCAAACGUCUCGUUAAAGAGGUCAAAGAUUUAUUGUUAGCUGCUAAAAAUUUGUCCAGAGCUCAAAGAGCUUUUUCCAAAACAUUACAAAACUUUAGUUUUGAAUGUAUCGGAGAGAGUCAGACUGAGGAUGAAACUCACAUAUCUCAAAGUUUAAAAGAAUUCGGUAAACUCAUUGCAUCUAUAGAAGAUGAAAGAGAUCGCAUGCUGGGACGAGCACAUGAUCAGAUUAUAUUGCCUCUGGAAAAUUUUAGGAAAGAACAUAUUGGAGGAGUCAAGGAUGGCAAAAAGAAAUUUGAGAAACAGACGAUUAAAUUUUGUCAGAGUCAAGAACGUUACUUGAACUUAUCCACUAAAAAGCAAGACAAUGUUCUACAAGAGGCUGAUGCGACAUUGGAGAUGGCUGAAAGGCACUUCUCUCAAGCUAGCCUAGAAUAUGUAUUUCUAUUACAAGAAGUUCAAGAGCGGAAAAAAUUUGAAUUUGUUGAAACGUUAUUGGGAUUUAUGUUUGGAUGGCUGACAUUCUAUCAUCAAGGCCAUGAGGUUGCAAAAGAUUUUAAGCCUUAUAUGACAGAGUUACAGUUAAAGAUACAGAAGUCGGCGGUAGAAAGUGGUCUCAAUAAACUGCAUUCGCGCGAAGGCUAUUUGUUCCUAAUGGAGAAAAAAGCCUUUGGCACAACAUGGACUAAACAGUAUUGCACAUAUCAGAAGGACAAGAAAGAGUUCACUAUGAUUCCUUAUAAUCAACUCACAGGAAAAUUUAGUAAUAAGGAAACCUUCACGUUGGCAUCUUGCAUACGUCGAACAUCGGAUACUAUAGAAAAAAGAUUUUGCUUUGACGUCACAGCUACCGAUAAGCCUCAUAUAACGUACACAUUCCAAGCGCUCUCGGAGGAGGAUAGGAAAUUAUGGAUGGAUGCCAUGGAUGGAAAGGAACCUACUUGUCCACUAUUGGGUUCUUCCGCGAAAUCCGAAGAUACGACGUUGGACGAAACUGGUUUUACGUUCGUAUCUAAGUGUAUUAUGGCGCUUGAAGAUAGAGGGCUCGAAGAACAGGGUCUAUAUAGAGUGGUCGGUGUUGCUUCGAAGGUGAAUAAACUUCUGACGAUGGGACUCGAUAAAAGGAAAGUUGACAAAAUCAAUCUAAACGACCGUUUCGAGUGGGAGAGCAAAACUAUUACCAGUGCACUCAAGACAUAUCUAAGAACAUUGUCGGAACCAUUGAUGACUUUCCGAUACUACAAUAGCUUCAUUACAGCUGCGAAACAGGAGACGAAGGAAACUAGAAUAAACGAUGUGCACAGUCUCGUUUAUCGACUACCUAAGGCUAACUUCAACAUGCUGAUUCUUCUUAUCACACAUCUUUGCACUGUAGCUAAGAAAAGCGAUAAAAAUCUGAUGACCGUGGGAAACUUGGCGGUAUGUUUCGGUCCGACUUUGUUACGACCAGAAGAAGAAACGGUGGCUUCCAUAAUAGAUAUUAAAUUUCACAAUAUCGUGGUAGAGAUACUAAUUGAGAAUUGCGAAAGAAUUGUGGCUGGGUCCCCACAAGAUUCUUUGCGCACAGCAGCGACACAGUCGCCAUUGCAAACCACCGUUGUUCCAAGUAAAUCCCAACGUGUCAAAGUUCAAGAAGAGGGUCCAACUUCUUCCUCUGGUAAUGGCACAGCAUUCUUGAGAUAUCCACUACAUACGGCGAUAUCGCUCACACCUACGUCGUCGCAGGCGCACCUUGUUACGAGACCCUACUACGACGGGCAGUCUUUAACAGUUGUCAAUAAAUCAUCCAUCGUCGACGAAAGAAGUAACGGGGAUUACGAAGAUCUCGAUAACACGAGCCAUCGUAUACCAUUAUACGUGGAUAGUCGUAGCGGCAGUAGCAGUGGCAGUCGUAUAAAAUUGACUAAUGCGAAUCUGAUGUAUCAUUCUGCCGACAAAGUUUUGAGCGGUGGCAAUACGAGUAGUUCGAGUGAAUCGAUUGCAUCGGACCCUCAUCCGUUUACAGGCGAAAUACCAGUAAAACAAAAGCGCAGCGGCAUGAUGUCCGUACACUAUCCUACUGCUUACUCUCAACGCAAUAAUUCGUCAUCAUGUCCCGUUAAUACUUCACCUGGUAAUGGACGUUCGAGUCCCAGUCAGACACCUGGAAUUUGGAGAGUGCGAACUUUGUACGCGUGCAUGGCAGAAAACGACGGCGAGUUAUCAUUUGAACCAAAUCAGAUCAUUACAAAUGUUAAGGCCUCUUGGGAGCCUGGUUGGCUGGAAGGUACGUUGAACGGCAAAACGGGGUUGGUACCGAAGAAUUACGUCGAACAGCUGCCCUAA